AUGGAUCUCGGCGUGAAGGACAGUCGCCUUGGCAACACCCUCGUGUUGACUCGUCCGGUCGGGGGCGGCGAGCCAAAAAUGCUGGCCCUGAAUGUGCUGUUGCUAGGCGACAGGCAGAGCGGGAGGAGCUCGGUGGGGAACGCUCUGAUUGGUGGAGAGGAAUUCCAAACAGGUCUACGCAUUUUCGGCGAUGCCAUGACGACGGAGCCCCGGCUGCUCAGCAGAAGCUUCCGGAGGUAUUUCAGACGACAGGGGGCGGAGUCAGAUCUCGUGCUGAGAGUGGUGGACACGCCCCCUCACAAACCCCGCCCACAUGACGUGCACACGCUCUGCCCCGAGGGCGUGCACGUCCUGGUGCUCGUUGUGAGAGCUGACCUGCCGAACGCCAACACACACCUGGAGGAACACGUAGAGGCUCUCUUCGGCCCAGCAUGGCGUCGUCAUGCUCUGCUGGUCCUUACCCACGCCGACCGCCUGAAGGAGGCGGGCCUUCAGACAUCCGUCUACCUCACGCAGGCCAGCGAUUGGCUGAGAGCUCUGGCCGAAGAGGUGGGGGGAGGAGUCACGUUCUUGGACAACAGCCGCGAUUGGCCGACGGUCAGAGGGCGGCCGCUGAGAGACCGUCUGCUCCUCCUAUCGGCCAGGAACCAUCACACAACUCUGGUGGUCCGAACGGGAAAUACACACUGA